ACACGUCAAUUAAUAUUUCCCAGAUGUUCCCGCAAAAAUCCUAAUCAAAUGAGAGUACGUAUAUUGCUUUUACUGGCAUUAUUUCUGGUGCUCCAAGCAUUCGGAGCCGAACUUGAGGACGAAGCUGGCCCUGUCAAGAACAGGGAUGAUAUUGCGUGCGUGAACGGAGAGAAUUGCAAUAAAAAUGGGGGCCCAAAUGGUGCCAACGGAGGGCAAGGUUCGGCCGCGAACAUAGCUCAGAAGGCUGCGCAGGAGGCCAAAGCUGCUGAAGACGCACAGCAAUCCGCCGGACAGCAAGCUGCACAUCAAGUUAAGGAACAGCUCGCCGAAAAGGCCGUGGAGGCGGCGAAGGCCGCCGAAGCCGCUCUCGCCGGCAAAGAGGCGCUCGUCAAGCAAAUCAAACAGGAGAUAAAGGAGGCGGAAGCCGUCGUCCAAGAGGAGAACGGUUCGGUACAGCAGCUACAGCAAACCGCACAGGCGUCCGCCAAAGCGGCCCAGGAGGCCAAAUCGGAGGUGAAAUUGCUGCAGACCACGUUGCAGCUUGCUCAGGCCAAUUCUGUUAACUCGGCUCAGGCCCAGGAGGGCACGCAGGAGCAGCUGGCCGAGAAGGAACAAUUGUCGGACGCGGCCAAGAGUCGAUUGGAUGUGUUGAACAAACAGUUGACGAUUGCUCAGCAGGAGUUGCAGAGCACCAAGGAGGCGGCCAGAAGGGCUGAGACCGCGGCCAUGGAGUCGAAGCAGAACGCGAUGAGGAAUAAAAGACACGUGAUGCCGAAGAGGCGAGCUCACAGAAGAAACAAAUAAACUGUGGAUGCUGGAAUAUUACCGUUAUCAUAGUCGAAUAUACAUAGAUAUUUUUACAAUUAUUGUAAUACUGCUACAGUUUACUCAUAUUAAAGAAAUUUAUGAAUUUAA